AUGCAAACACAGAUGUGGUUUGGUGCCAUUGGCAAAGGCAAAAAAUCUUUCAACAAUCACCAAUGUUGGGAGGUUGUGAAAAAUUGUUUGGGAUUUAAAAUUAUUCUCACAGGUCUGACCGUUGUGUUGAAUGAGAUGCUGCUCCACAAUUCAUCGGCAUCAGAUUCCCUGUUGGGGUCCCCAAUGAAUACAGAUUCACCAAUCCAAAAGGAGCCGAGGCCUAUUGGGAGAAAGGCGGCAAAUGCUAAGAGAGGGAGUAAUUCGACAAAUGAAUGUACAGAAUUUUUGGAGCAAAUUGCUCUCAACUGCGUAAUGAGAAUUGAGAGAGACAUGAAAAGAGAUGCGGAUGACAAGGCAAGGGAUGAAGCAUUUACAAGAGAGAAGGAGUACGCACACAAACACGACAUGGAUAAGAAGGAUCGGGAAACCAUGGCUAUGGAUACGAGCAAUAUGUCUCAUGAAACAAAGUCAUUUUGGAAGCUAGAACAAAGGGAUGUUAUGAGAAGAAGACUUUUCUGUGACGAUGGACCUGGCAACACAUAUUGGUUAAAUGAUGAAAACCAUUAG